GAAUUCUGUCUGUAGACACCGAAGGUCAGUACGUGUCGAAGUGACGAAGUUUUGCUCUCUUCAUCGUCGUGUGUUGGUAUCAGUGAAUUUGAAUUCUUGAUUGAAUACUUUGGAAGUUUGAGCAGUAUGACCAGUGUCGAGCAGGUGACAGCAGUAGGACAGGUUCUGGUGGACCCAGAACUCGACCUGACCCGGCGGUUCAGAGCCUUAUUCACCCUCAAGAAUAUUGGAGGUGCUGAAGCUAUAGUAUGGAUCAGUAAAGCCUUCACUGAUGAUUCUGCCCUACUGAAGCAUGAGCUGGCUUACUGCCUGGGUCAGAUGCAGGACAGGCGGGCCAUACCCACCUUGACUGCUGUACUCAAAGAUGUGCAGCAGGAGCCGAUGGUCAGGCAUGAAGCAGGGGAGGCUCUUGGAGCAAUUGGUGAUCCUGCGGUUCUGGACCUACUGAAACAAUACAGUGAGGACCCCGUCAUAGAGGUUGCAGAGACGUGUCAGUUGGCUGUUCGUCGAUUGGAGUGGCUGCAGAGUGGAGGAGAGAAACUGGCAGAUGAUGGCAGUACAGAUAACCCUUACUGCUCUGUAGACCCAGCCCCUCCAGCAGUGAGGAAGAGUGUGUCAGAUCUACGCUCUAUCCUGUUGGAUGAAAGUCUGCCACUCUUUGAACGCUAUCGCGCCAUGUUUGCCCUGCGUAACCUUGGCAGUGAGGAGGCUGUGCUGGCACUCGGAGACGGCCUGCAAUGCUCCAGUGCUCUGUUUCGUCAUGAGAUUGGCUAUGUCCUGGGUCAGAUACAGCACCCGGCAGCAGUCCCAGCCUUGCGCGCAGCUCUGGAGCGUUCUGGGGAGAACCCUAUGGUUAGACACGAGGCGGCAGAGGCUCUUGGCUCCAUUGGCAAAGAGGAGUGCCUGGCUGUGCUGCAGCAUUACUGUGGAGACAGAGAACGUAUCGUCAAGGAGAGCUGUGAGGUCGCUCUGGAUAUGUUGGAGUAUGAAAACAAUGACCAGUUCCAGUAUGCAGAUGGGCUGGUCAGGUUACAGGGUUAAAGGUCAAUGUCACAACCGAAGGGCUUUUCACCCAUAUCUCAUUUAACAGGUUGACUCUUCUCUAUUUUAUUAGAUUAUGCAGCAGACACAGCAGGGCAUCACUCCUCAUUAAUCUCUGGGGUGAAGCUUUACAGUAUAUACUCAGCACAUGAAAUUAAAACUGAAAUUUAAAAUGCCCAAACAAACCUGACUAGAGUUUGUGAACUGCAGCAAUGAACUCUAAACUUUUGGCUGUGUGGGUGUUGCUGUUAGGGGGGUGGGAGCAGAGUCCUUUGUUUGCUUUCCCCCUCCAAGAAACCACUGCAUUAUUUGUUUUGUUUUUCCUCCAAUACACAGCCAGUAACAGUAGACAAUAACACAUAGCAUACUGUAUCUGUAUUUGUUGAGUGUUUAACAGCUCAGGGCUGAUCUCAUAACUGACCUGCAAGUUUUUUUUAUUAUUAUUUUGCUCCAGACAAAAUACUGGAGUUCAGUGGAAACUACAGCUCCUUCACUUGGUUCACAUUCUAUGGUUUGCUUUGAAUUGAAAGUUGAAGGCUUGAUGGACCCAGAUGAUGAUUUCAAGUUAAGGAUUUCUGCUCUGCAGGUCUACUUCUUUGGCUGAUAUAUCGUCUGUUUCUAAAUUUAUGCAUGGGUUCCAAUCCAGACUGCACUAUCAGGUCUAAUGUCAGUUAAUUCUGCUAUUGCUUAAGACAUACCAAAUAUGGAGUGACUUCUCUUUUUGCAUUUACAGUAUUUUGAGAAGUACACAUCCCUUAUUGGCAGUUAAGUUAAUUCCAAACUAACAUCUGCGGGAGAGCUUGACAUUAAUAUUAGCAGUCUUAGUAACAACUUCUAGAAGUCUGCUCCUCUGGUUGCUUUGUUACUAGAUUCAUGUAGAACACAAGUUAUAAUUUGAAUCUCUUAACAGUUACAGUCAGGUGUGUACUGUGUGUAAAAUUAAAAUCCUGCCCACAUUUGUGUUGUCUGUGAUCUCAUAAGCUUUGUUAUUCCUUCAGCCCUACAGUUCAAGUUCACUGAGAAGCAAUUUGGUAGAGAUUUUUAUUAGCACAUUUGCAAAUCUUACUUUUUCUAUUAGUGACAGCUAUCACAGUUAAUGUUUUGUACACAUUGAGACACAUUAAGCACAUUAAAGGAAAAUUUUAAAAUAAAUAGGUAGAGAAACAGCAACAUAAUACAGAUGCCUCUACAGAGGGCUCACUGAAUUGUUUGAUGAGAAUGAAAAUUAUGGGAAUCAUAUUCUGUGGCCUUCAGUCAAAUAACUCAACCAAAUUCAACACCUGUAAGAUUUUGGAGCCAUGUGUGAGAGGUCUCCACCACCUUCAUCAUCAUCAUACUUACUUGUAACAGUAUUUACACUGGUAUUGUUACUUUUACUAAGGUAAAAUAUCUGAGUAGUACUUCCAUCAUUGAUUUACAAAAUGAAUGCAUUGAUAUUUUUCUUGCAGUUCUAUGGUCAUAAUUACUCACAUAUUAAUGAAUACAAACAAAGGCUCAGCUGAAGCCAAGGUUGGUCAAUUGUGCAACGUAAACAAGGCAAUUGAUAUGUAUUGUUAUAUAAUAUUUUCAGGGUGUGGGUAUUACAGUUUUGUUAUGAAUGGGCAGAAACUCAUUUGCCAUGCUACAGGGAGAGAAAGAUGGGAGAGAGCAGGCCAGGAAAGGUGUUGACAAUAGCCAUUGCAUUCUUCCUUUGCGAGAGUCGGAAGACAGAUGCCUGGCUGAGUGCUCAAUAAACUUCAUUGGAUGGCCAGAGCUCGAAACAUCUCCAGACAAACGGAAGAACACACAGUCAAGGACUUAUGCAUACAAUGAUGGCGAAAACAAUCAAGCUCUAUGCUACAAGUAAUGCUGCAGUUAUUGACCUCUUUGGUAAGGCAUUCUACUGCCAGAAGCAGACCAAGAAAGCAGACUGUGAAAGAAGUGAUAGCAACCAAAACCGUUUUUUGUACCAGAUUGUAAACAUUUAUUUCUGCUGUAAGGUUUGGGCCUUUUAAUAUAGACUCUAGUGACAAUGGGGAUGUGGCUUAUGCUGCUGCACUGGUUUCAGGUCUUUCUAUGAAUGUUUAUUUUUUUGCUUCUUGUAAGCCUUGGAAUCUGUGUACCUGUCUGAACACUUUCUGUUUUGCCUCUAUGAGGUUUUU